GGUAAACAGAUGAGAGAGGACCACCACCAUGCCGCGGUCAAGAAAACGGGGGGUCAAAAAAUCCGCGCAAACAAUCACAGAUGAAGAAAAUCUGUACAAAACUUAUGAAGAAACUUUUCAGGAAACCAAAGGUGUAGCAGAAAAUUUUGUUUUAGACAAUCCCCCUUCUCUGCUAGGGAUGCUGUAUGGAGAUUUACCGCCAUCUGUAGUAUGGAAGUUUUUGUAUCUUGUCAACCGCCAAGUGACUCUGGAGGAGCGAUGCACCCUUCUGUGUAUGCUGACGGACUAUCUGGCUGGGGAAUGUAUAGCCCUCGGACUUCUGGACUCGAGCAACAAGUACAACACACAAUCCUUUGUCCUUCUGGAAGAACUAGCAAGUGCCUGGAAUUACAUUCUCCAACUGACUCGAGUUGUUGAAGAUAAGAAUCUUCUUGGUUCAUUGCUCUCCAACCUGAGACACAGUAUUGCUGCUUUUUCAACUUACGGCCUUGAUCGACACUUUUCUACAACACUUGACAUAGUCAGCAAGAUUGAAUCAGGACAACCAGUGGAUCCAUUUUACUCGUAUCCAAUGAUUCCAAAGAAUUACUCCAUUCCAGAUGCUAAGAUAAAAAGAAUUUUGUCUGUCAGAGAGGAACCCAGAAGGGACCCUUAUAGUUUCACAGAGAGCUCAGUAUACAAGCCAAGGAUUCAACCGCAGAAGAAAGCAAGGUGGGCAGAUCCUGAUGAUGAAUGGGUACCUUCAGAUGAGAACCUAGAUUCAUCAUUUUCUGGUUUAGAUAUCGAGAGGAGAAGUUGCGUUCCAGAGUCUGAUGAGUCAUCAACAGAAGAUGAUGCAAACUUAAAUCCAUUAGUCCAGGAACCAUUGAAGAACAUUACCAAUUUCAGUGCCGCAGGAGGAAAUAGUCUUUCAAAAUCACACAGGGAAAAAUCUGCUUCAAAACUGGAGGAGUUUGAUAAUAAAAAACUCAGGUUAGAUGGUAGUAAUAGAGCGAUAGAUUCUGAUUCUUGGCAGGAAAACAUCGCUUCAAAACAGAAAGAAAUGUCCACCACCCAACCACUGUAUCUUUGGUCAGAUGAAUCAGACUAUUCACUCUCAGCACGAGAAAGAUUCCAGGAAAGUCCUCCAAGAAUCCAUGAAAAAUGUGUCUUGGAAAAUGGUCCAAAAUUGACAAAUUCAUCACAGGGAUGGGAAGAAAAUAAGCAAAAAAUCAAGAACAAAAGAAACAAAAUAACCUCCAUUAUGGAUCACAUUUCCCCAAGAUCAAGACAGGAUUAUCAUGGUGGGGAAAAAUGCUCAAUAAAGAAAGCUGAAAGUUUGAGCAAAUCCAUGGAUGAAAAAGUGGAAGAGAAAAAGAAAAAAAUCAAGAAAAGAAAAUUUAAAAGCCAUUUUGCUGAAUAUCAAUUUGAUCUUCCUCCAAGAUCUAGAGAUGAAUACCUGGAAAGGAAUUAUGGUGAUAAACUGAAAGCUUCAUCUGCAUAUGAUUCUUAUUCCUCAGAUGAUUCUCUUCCAUUUAAAGAAAGGAAAGGAAACAGAAUCCAAUCCAUGGAUGAUUUCUCACCCAGAGUAAAAGAGGAGAAAAUGUUCAAGAAAAUUGGGGGGAAAAUGAAAGGUAUUUGUACUGAUGAUCAACAUCCAUACCCCAAAUGUAAGAGGGAAAUAGAUGAUGAUAACAACUUUGCUGAACAAAAGGAAAGAAUUCCUUUUGUGUUGAAGAAACUAUCUGGGAAAAGACACAAAGAAAGCAUUGCCAUUAACAAACUGCAAUCAAAGAAGCAGAUGUCCCAAAAAUUCAUGGUUGAUUCUGACUCGUCUUUGCCAGACCCAGAUGAAUACCUUGCUCCAAAUACGAAACAUAAAUCUUUUCACUCUCCAUGUAGAAAAACUGUUGACUCGUCUUUGCCAGACCCAGAUGAAUACCUUGCUCCAAAUACGAAACAUAAAUCUUUUCACUCUCCUUGUAGAAAAACUGUCUCAGGAAAUGAAAAGAAGUUCACAAGAAGGGAUGAUUCUCCAAGACAUUACAAAGAGAAUGUUCUGAAUGAGAAGUAUUGGCUUACUGAUGAAGAGGAAUACAAUUCAAGAAGACAUGGCUCUAGAACUUUUUAUGCCACCACAAGUGAUGAGAGUAAUUUGAGUGAAGAUGACUACAGAUCUUGGAAGUCAUCUAUCCGCUAUCCAUUGCUUUCAAAUUGGGAAGAUGAGGAAAAUGCCUACGAAUAUGAUGACUUUAGGAAGAGUGAAAAGAAACGCAGACAUACAGAGCACACUCCUUCUAGAAAACCAAAGCAAAAGUUAAAAAAAGAUCAUAGAUAUAUAGAAGCUAGAGAAAGAAGUCCUGCAAAGGAUGUUCUGUACAACUCAACACAGAAGGAAAUAAUAGAGCAAAGGAAGAAGAAAAAGAAUGUUAACAGGAGAUGCAUUUCACUCGAAGAUUUCAUCAAGAAUUCUCCAAGCAAGCACUCAAAGAUAGACAUUGAAGGAAGUGCUUCACAGAAAGACAAGACUCGGAGAAAUGCUGAAUACAAGGAAAACAGGCAUAAUCCAGGAAAGUGCAAUAAACAUUGCAAUCAUGAACUGAGUGCUACUCAAUACUCGAAGGAACCAUCAACAGAUGGCAGUCCAUCCAUACGUCCCAUACAAAACGACCCAUACAAAACUCCAGAAAUCACCAAGCUUCCCAAGAAGAGUAGCAGAGAAAUUCUUCCUAUUUCACCUAGAGAUAGAAAGAAAACCGAACAGGAUAUUCGCAAUUAUUUGAAUAUGUAUUAAGGUUGAGAUGGAAGUUUGUGUUGUGCUUUGGAUUUAUCUUGUCAGUGCUCCACACACAAACUAAGAUCUGCAUACAGUAUAUGCCAUUGUUUGACCAAGGAUAGAAAUAAUUGGAGCAUCUUAUUUUGAGGAAAAAUUACAGACCUCUAUGCAUUUUUAGUUUAGUCAACUUUACCGAAAGUCUAGAUUUAUGGAUGUGAGCUUUGCUGAGCAAUUUUUUCCCCCAGUUUUGUCUUUACCCAGGGAGGUGACUUUGAAAACCUACAUUAUGAAACACUGACCUGACACAACCCAAUCCAGCCCCAUGGGAUCAGAGAGAGGGACCUUACAUUAUGACACCACCACAUCCUACACAUUCCCGACCCACAGUAUUGCCGAAAGGCUUCAUGGGGAUAUUUUAAAAACAAAUAAGAAAAAUAGCUAUGAUUUCUUAAGUGACCAUGAAUACACUCAAAAUAUCUCCCAUAGAAAAAUUGGAGAUCCAUGUUCAAUUUAAGAUCCCAGUAAUUUUUUCAAUAAGAUCUGAAUAAUUUUAUAUUGUUAAAUUGAUAUGGAAGCGAACCAGAAAUGCAUUUGAAAAACAUUCUUGAGAGUUACGGAAAAUUAGAUACUACUACAUGUAAACAUAUUUUUACAUAAUUUUGAAAAUAGGUUUAUAAUAUUGAAGCAUUCUUGCUUGUUUAAGAUAAAUAAUGCUAAAAUGUGCAUAAUAUUGUAUUGACAUGCAUAGAACUUUUAAAGUAACUGAUCAGAAGGUUUAUUAACUGAUUAGAUUAUUGUGGAGUAUUGUUGCUUUGUUGAGAGAUGUUUACCAUUUGUUGUUUUUUUUCUCUUUAUGUAUGUUUUUCAUUUCAUUUUCUAUGUAAAACAUGAGUUUGUUUAGAAAAAUUCUAGCUUGUGUAUAUUUUCUUUCACCAUACCCAAUAAUUUACCUACUUUGACCUUCCAUUUGAGAUUGACAUAUCUUUUUUUUUUUUUUUUUUUUUACAUUUUUCUUAUUUUUUUAAAAUGAUUUUUUUUUAACAAAUUUUAAAUGAGCAAGUACAAUUUAACUGUGAUAUUUAUUCUCUAUGUUCAUAUGGCCAAGACUUUACUCUUCUUAUUGUACUUUCAUGCAAGAGUGAAUUUUAAAACUGAUUCCAAAUUAAAUGUUCAUGGUUUUUUUUUUUUACCCCCCCCCUUUUUUGAGCUCAGUUUUAGGGUAUUCUAGUCAAACUAGAUAAAUGGUGGCAUGAUCAUUCAACAGUGUUUAUAAAUCAUUAUUUUAUUUUGAUCCUUGCUAUAACAUUGGACCUUCUUGCUGCUCUUUAUAUUGGUUGAAGUUCAGGUAAAGAGAGUGUUUCAAAGAAACUGUUCAAAAUAUUUAAAUCAAACUUAAUAAAAGACAUUUGUUUUUAUUUGGUGAGGACUAAAUUUUCAAAUAGACUAUAAAAUAUAUUGAAACCAAUAUCAUUACCUGAUAAAGGGGAUUUAAAAAAAAAUUUCAUCCCUUUUUGCUAGACAUCCAGAUUGACGUUAAUAUACAUGUAUACGGGACAUGUUUAUGUCAUGUUGAAAUGUACCAUAGGUGGGGGCAUUCAAGUCCUAUGGACAUAACUUAUGGUUUGUAAUUUUUUUCUCUUGAGUAGAGUUUAAGUCAAAGGUUUGGAGAGAAGAUAGUUUUUAAUUUGAUUUUGUGGGGAAAAAACCAAAAGUAAAAUUAUUGUAGUAACAUAGUUGUAGUAACAUUGAAUAGGAAUUGCAUGCUUAUUUUAGUGCUGGUUAUUUUUCUGGAGUGUUUUUAUGUACAGUCAUUAUCUGCAUACUCAUUACUAGUCAUAUUUUGUGAUGAUAUUAUAUUGUGUUGUAGAACUUGGUGUCAGCUGAUUUUAUGGUGUAGAAGUAGCAUGGAGGGCACAAAUUGAUUCACAUGAAUUUAUUUGUGUGUUUGUAUGAUAUGUUUUACUAGAUUUUAUUAGUGACAUAGAAACAUCUUAGUGCUGAAGCUUUUAUAGUAUGGUUGUGCCUUUCUGAAGUAACCAAUUUCAACAUUUGCAUUUAUGUUCCAAAGACUAGACUGUAAACCUAUGUGUAAGACGAUAAAAGUAUUUCAACUCAGAUUCUCAUUUCAGUUCGUAUAUACGUAUUUGUGAGCUUAUGAACAAAGAAUCACCACAAAGGAACAAAAUAAAAUGUUUUCUUCAAACGU